AUGGUCUGGGUCAAUUGCUGGAACACAACUACAGAUAGCUCUGGGUCUAAGCCGUACCCCUCCUCAUACCAGGUCUUUGAGCAGUUCAUACAAACAGUCGCAGUUCAGGUGAUUCAGAAAUCUGAAGCCAUCGCAAAGCUCGAAGACAAGUUUCCUUGGGCACAGACAACUCUGUUGUCCAAGAUGGGCUUGUAUGCGAUGCCCGACAUCGGGAAGAAGGAUGCACCCAUCAAAACAACACUUCCUGAUGCACUACAUUUCCGCCGCGCGAUCCAGAAUGUCCAAGUAAGGGAUAUGGAGCUCGAGAUACCCCUACAGCCCAAAUCAGGCAAACUCAGCGCAGCAAAAUUCGACGACGAUAUUGACUUCUCAACUGUGCAGAAAGCUUGGUGGGAUGCUAUACUGACAGCAUACAAAUACACCGAGACAUGCCCGCAGCGUAUGCCGUUGGAAAUGCGUAUUACCGGCUCUUCUAAUAUCGUCAUGGCACCCUUCAGAGGCAAUAAUCUCGGUACAUGUUCGAUCGAAGUACUUACCCUAGGUGUCAUGAAGAAUGCAUGGCCCGCUUACGCACAAGAAGUGCUGAACAAAUGGAUGGAUCUGAAAGACAAGGACGGAAACUACCUUACAACGCGCCCGCAUUGGGCAAAGGAAUGGCAUGACUUCCAGUCCAGGCAAAGCAGCCCAGCAGCCGGUAUCGUCUACAGCAAAUGCAGCAAGCCCGGCGUUUUCGCUCUCGCCUUCGACGACGGACCCGGCCAAUACACCGAAGAGUUGAUCAAGACCCUAAAUGCCGCAGGAGCAAAGGCCACUUUCUUCUUCACGGGCACUCUGUACGGUUGCAUCUACAAUCGCGCUUCCGCAGUCAAGGCCGCCUACUCUAGCGGCCACCAAGUCGCCUCUCACACAUGGACACACCCUCAAACCCUGGAUAGUAUGAGUGUGGCUCAGCUCACUACCGAGAUGCAGAAGCUCGAAACCGCAUUGGUCAACAUCAUCGGUGUCAAGCCAACAUACAUGCGUCCUCCCUAUCUCAAAACCGGCGGCAACGUUCCCACUGCAAUGAGAAUCCUGGGCUACAGAAUGAUCACCGACAGUAUAGACUCUCAAGACUGGAAUGGACUUUCUGUUUCGGCGAGUGAGCAGAAAUUCCGUAGUGCAGGUCCUAGCACUUCUGAUGGCAAGGGACAUAUUUCUUUGUUGCACGAGACUUAUGCGACGACUGUGAGAGAUCUGGUUCCAAGAUUGAUCAAGUGGGCCAAGGAGAAUAACUUGAAGAUGGUUACUGUUGGUAGUGUCAUCGAACCCAUGAAAACAAAGCGUUGGUAA